AUCAUUCCUAUCCUUUUUCUCUCACUUCUAUACCUUAUUAUAUGAAUAUAAUAUAACUUAUUCUGUAUGAUUGUAUUAUAUUGUCAUAUAUAUUUUCAUGUGUAAGCAAUCAUUUUAUAUUUAAACGUUAUUUUGUUUAAACUUAGUAAAUAAUAUUUAUAGUUAAAAUAAUCUCUUUUAAGUACUUAAACAUAUAAUAUGAAAGCGUAUUUAUAAAAAGAGAAAAAAAUAUUCAUAUAUCGUUAAAUAGUGAUUAAUUCAAGGUUUGCUAACCUUUUUGAUAAUUUUUUUAACAAUAUAACAGGAAAAAAUGGAAAUAAAUAACGAGAUUAUUCUAUUGAGACAAUCCGUUCGUCAAGCUCGCAUUUGUGUAAUAAAUAAAUUAAUUAGAGAAGCGAAAAGGUUACGUACUAAUAGUAACGAAAAGCAAUUGGAAAAAAAUAAGAAUAAAGCAGAGAAACUUUUAAAGGAAGUAUUUGCAUUAAAACAUAUCAAAGAUGAUGAAAUAUCAAAAUUCGGAAUUGUUAAGUUCGAAUAUCUGCAAAAUAUAUUACAAAAUCCACAAACUGAUGAUGGAACUCGAGCUAUGGUGAAAGUUGUUCGUCAUAAGUCUUUAAGUUUGAGAAUAAUAGAAUUUCAGAAAAAAUUUCCAGAUUAUAAUAAAUAUAUUUCUUGGAGAAAAAAAAAAUCUUCAAUAAAAGGAAAAAAAGGAAAUUGUUAUACAGAUUCGGAGAAAAAUCCAAAACGAUUAAAAAAUAAUGCAAAUAAUAUUCUAAAAAAAGAAAAAAAACAAAACUGUUUCACUGAUUUUCCAGAAAAAAAUUCAAAACAAUUAAAAAAUGAUUCGAGUAAUAUCGUAGAAAAAAUAAAUAAAGAGAAUAUGAAAGAUGCAGACAAUAUUAAUUGUAUUGCUUAUACACCACCGCAACAAACAACAAAUGUUGAAGAAAAUAAUGAUAGUUCAAUGAAAAUAUCAAAAAUUCAAGAUAAGGAAAUACAAUCUAUAAAUAAUGAUCAAAAUUUUAAGAUUAUUACUAAAAUCAUUAGUAAUGAGGCCACUGUUAAAAGAUUCACAGAAAUUUUACAAGAAACAAAAGAACAAAAUUAUAUAUGUAAAGAUACUGAAAAUCAACAAUCUUUUAAUGAAUCCAUGGAAUUUAUGGAUUCAUCAAAUAAAAUGGAUGAUUUUUUUCUACCUGCAAAUGAAGUAACUUCAUGUUCAAAUGAAACACUUUUUUCUAAAGAGAAAAGCAUGCGUAGUGAACAAGUUAAUCACAUAUUUAAUUCACGAAAAAAUAUUCAAAUUGAAAACAAGAAUAAAUUGUAUAGUAAAAAAAUAAGCAAAGAAAAAAGGCAUAGUAGAAAACAAUUUAUGAAUAAUGCAAAUUUUCACAAUCCAAAUGAUAUAAUACAGAAAACUAAUACACAUAGAAAACAAAAUGAAAAAAAUAUACAAGUUGAAAAAAAAAGAAAAAUUAAUAAAGAGAGCACAUGUAUUGCAGAACAUGAUAAUUUACAUCCUUCUUGGGCUGCAAAAAAAAAACAACAAAAUAUUAUGAAACAAGAAUUUCAAGGAAAAAAGAUUAAAUUUGAUGAAGAUUAAA